CUUGUUCUCAAUAACAUCAGAAUUCACAACACAACAAAAUCUCCGACCCUCCCUUCUAUGGCCCCCACUAUCCACAACACCCCAUCAAACUUUGCUUCCGAAUCCUAACUUUCAGGAGCACCCUCUUCACCUCAAUCCCUUCAAACUCAAUUAACUCACACCCCCACUUAUUUUCACCUCUUUCCCCAAUUGGGUUCUCAUCAAAAUCUGAUUUUUUUUAUGCGUUUCCGAAAGCCAUGAAUUUCAGGAGCUUGGAGGAAUUCUGGGCCUUUUAUGUGAGUCAGCACUCGAAGCCAUCCACGAGAAGGUGGCACUUUGUGGGCACUCUCUUCAGUAUUUUUUUCUUGCUCUGUUCGGUUUUCUUCAGCUGGUGGUUGUUGUUCUUUGUGCCUUUUUCUGGGUAUGGGUGUGCCUGGUACAGUCACUUCUUUGUGGAAGGGAAUGUUCCAGCCACUUUUGGACACCCCUUUUGGUCACUCUUGUGUGAUUUCAAGAUGUUUGGGCUGAUGCUUACCGGGAAAAUGGAUAGAGAGAUCAAGAGGCUUGGGAAAAGACCUGUGCUGCAAGUGUUCUGAUUUCCAUGUCUGGAUUCGUCCCUUUUGUUUCAGGAAAUAUUCAAGUGCAGAUGCAUUUGUUCAAGUUCAUCAGUGAGAAUGAUGGUGCAUUGUGAUUGGCUUGCCAAUCUUUGAGAAGGCUGUGUUAUGUUCAAAAUCAGUAGUAUGAUAUGGGGUGUGCAUGACACCAAUCAGGAAGACUUCACUGAUCUAGGAUACAACAUUUAAUCUUAUGAUAUAUCUUGGUAUUUGCAUUGUCUAUGUGUACAUAUUGAAAGUUGAAACAUUUGUUGCUACUUGCUAGCAAUUAUUACACCUCAAUUCAAUAAAGCCUACCAAAAGUCUGGAGUUUCACAGCAAA